AUGAACUUUCUGACGCUUUCAACUCUCGUCCAUGACAAGGAGAGAGCAAUACGUUUUUUGCAAAGCCAAGGAGUGUUCUAUCAGCAACGUUUAUGCAACAAUGGCCGCCAAAUGACACUUCCAACUGUUCCUGACAGGUGGAGGUGUAAUGUCCAACAGUGUCGACAAGAUAUCGGUCUUCGAAAGGGGACUUGGCUGGAGGGGUCUAGGAUGGAUUUUAGGACAGUAAUUCUAUUCAUUUAUUGCUGUCUCAAAAAUUUGGCAAAGAUCAAAUUCUGCUCAGAGGAAUUAUCUAUUAGCCACACGACCGGUGUUUUGACUGGAAGAACUUUCUUCGUGAAGUUUGCACCAGGCGGCUUUUGCAGACUCCAACAGUUAUCGGCGGGCCAGGUCUACACGCCGAGAUCGAUGAAACGCUACUAUCUUGCCGUGAAAACAUGGUUCCAAAAUCGUCGGAUGAAACACAAGAAGAUGAAACGUGGCUAUGUCAGCUCUGGGCAAGAUACGCAACAAAGUUUGCCGUUAUCUGGUAAGCGCGAUGGAAACCCAAACUAUCCCGCAACAUGCGGAACCAAUUCCAGUUGCUCGGGUACAGAGGAUCUUGAAUACGAAAGAUCACGAAAAGUGGAGAACUUUCUCUGUUUGCCGCCGUCUCCAACAUCAAGUGCCAGUGCAUCCGAGACCUACGUUAAUCUGGAGGCAGUACAAUCGGAAACUUGGAGAGCAAAACGUCAAAUUGUCCUAGACACACUGCGCAACCCACCAUCUAAAAAAGAAUCCAAGUCACUGGUGGUUUCUUCGGAAGCAGAUGUUUCCAUCCCCGUCAAAUGUCGCAUCUCCGAAUAUGAAUCCGCACAAUCGGGAAAGGAUCUGAUGACAUCAUGUGGAGUCACUCGUGAUGCUAGUGAAUUUGAUGACAUAAAGUCCUCUGUAUUCAACCCCAAGUUUCUCAUGCAACACUAUUUCCUCAAUUGUCCAAUCUCUUGGGGUGGUGUGACCAAACUGAGCAGUGGUUGA